AUGGGACAAAGAAGUGGACAUCAAGAAAGAAGUAAGAACCUAGAGCUGGCAGCAAGUGAGACCAUGAAGGCAGAAUCAAAAGUACAAAAUAAUAAAGAUGAAGCCGAAGAGCCGAAGGCCAAAGACCAGAGGCUAACAUUAGUCUUUGGUGUGGCAGAUUUAAAAAAUGGAGCUAUUGGACUGUACAACAUUGGACAGAGCUGCUGCCUGAACUCUCUGCUCCAAGUGUUCCUCAUGAAUAUACACUUCACAGGGAUACUUCGAAGGAUCACAGUGCCACCAUGUGCUCGGCAUAAGAGUAGGAAUGUCCCAUACCAGAUGCUCUUGCUGUUGGAGGAGAUGCAGUGUGGCAAGCAGAAAGCUGUUUCUCCCAUAGCCCUCGCUCGCUGUCUUUCAGUACACAGAGUGAAAUUGUUUGUGCAGCAUGAUGCUGCCCAGCUCUUUCUGACUGUCUGGAACUUGAUAAAGAAGCAGAUGAAAAAGCCAGAGCUGGUUGAAGAGCUGAGUAAUUUGUACACUAUUUGUGUACAGGAGCACCUGGCCUGUCAGAAAUGCUCUCUUGAAACAAAGAGGAACAGCAGCAUGUUAACACUUCCGCUCCCAGUGUUGGAUUCCAAUUCUCACAGGCUGAAGACUCUGGAGGACUGUCUGCAAUACUUUUUCAGUCCAGAAGAGCUGACUCAUCACAACAUGUGUUUCUGUGAACAGUGUGGAAGGAGAACACCUUUUCUGCAGAGCAUGAAGCUAGUCCGUCUACCACAGACUCUGACCAUACACCUAAAGCGCUUCUGCUUCGAAAAAUCAGCCAAUGUUCAAAAGCUCAGUCACUAUCUACCAUUCCCACAAGACCUUGAUUUCAAUGCAGUCUUGACAGAAAAUCAGUGCGAAGCAGACAGCGAUGAAAAGGCUGGCUGGAAGUAUGAACUUUUUGCUGUUGUUGCUCAUUCAGGAUCAAGUAGUUGUGGACACUACUGUGCCUAUAUUCGAAGUCUCACAGAACAUAAAUGGUAUUGCUUCAACGAUUCUGAGGUUUGCCAGGUAUUGUGGGAUGAUGUUAAAUGCACCUAUGGGCAUUCCAACCUCCACUGGGGAGAAACUGCCUAUCUCUUGGUUUACAUGAAAAAACGUCCUCAGUAG